UGUUGAGAGAAAAUAUCUGAACCCUGAACCACUUUUACAGCCAGAAUCGACCAGAAUGGAUAGCAGCGCUUCUACAGCAGCAGAGAAAAAGGAGUGUAAGAGUGGCCUGGAAACCAAUGGGUUCAGCGAACUGCCCAAAAAGCCCUCACCUACACUCCUAAACAGAGGCCCUCAUCAUAUUUUCCCGACUUUUCACACUCCGAUUCCCAUCGACAUGCGUCACCACGAGGGCAGAUACCACUAUGAACCUCAUGCUCUUCACCCUUUGCACGGAGCUCCAGUGUUAGCUGGGAGUCCUGUUAUCUCUGAUAUUUCCCUGAUCCGACUUUCUCCGGGCGGCCCAGCCGAGUCGCCUUUCAGUCCCCCUCACCCCUACAUCUCCCCCCAUAUGGAGCACUACCUACGCUCGGUGCAUGGCAGCCCAACGCUUUCCAUGAUCUCAGCGGCCCGCGGCCUAAGCCCUGCAGACGUAGCUCUUGAGCACCUGAAGGAGAGAGGACUGUUUGGUCUUCCCCCUCCCCCUCUUGGAGCUGAUUUCUAUCACCCAAUGCCGAGUCACAGGAGUCCGUAUGGUGAUUUGAUCACGGCAGGAUCUGCCGCCGCCGCCGCUGCUGCUGCUGCUGCUGCUGCUGCAGUUCAUCUGCCGGACUACAUCAGCCCAAUGGACAUUUCGCGCUUCCCUAGUCCACGCCUCACCCCCAGGUUGAGCCGAAAAAGAGCCCUGUCCAUUUCUCCGCUCUCGGACGCCAGUAUCGACCUACAGACCAUGAUCCGGACCUCGCCCAACUCCUUAGUGGCCUACAUCAACAAUUCCCGCUCCAGUUCGGCCACCUCCAUUGGAGGCAUCAGUCCAUCAUUUCCAUUCCAUCACUCCAUCAACCCAGUGGCCUACCAGCAGCUGCUCUCCCAGCAAAGAGGCCUGAGCGCAUUCGGACACACUCCCACUCUCAUCCAGCCCUCACCCACCUUCUCCAGACACCAGACGCUUGCUGCCUCUGGACUGAACACAAGCACACACAACGAUGCUGAGUCAAAGAACAUGAGUGGUGACUCGGCAGUCAGCAGCACUGUAAACCCACUACAUACCAAAAGGUCAAAAGUCAAGACGGAGUUGGAUGGUUCUCGACCUAUCUCACCCUGCUCUCCGGACCCCUCGGCACUCACCGACCCCAAAGAGGACGUGGACAGGGAGGACGGCAAGCAGGAGCCGGAGGUGCCGUAUGAGACCAACUGCCACUGGGAGGGCUGCAGCAAAGAGUACGAGACCCAAGAACAGCUGGUCCAUCACAUCAAUAACGAGCACAUCCAUGGCGAGAAGAAAGAGUUCGUGUGUCGCUGGGAGGAGUGCUCCCGGGAGCAGAAACCCUUCAAGGCCCAGUACAUGCUGGUGGUGCACAUGCGCCGACACACCGGGGAGAAGCCACACAAGUGCACAUUUGAAGGCUGUUCCAAGGCGUAUUCACGUUUGGAGAACCUAAAAACACACCUUCGCUCACACACCGGAGAGAAACCGUAUGUGUGUGAGCAUGAGGGCUGCAACAAGGCCUUUUCUAACGCCUCGGACCGUGCCAAGCAUCAGAACCGCACACAUUCCAAUGAGAAACCAUACGUGUGUAAGAUUCCUGGAUGCACCAAGCGCUACACAGACCCGAGUUCUCUCCGGAAACAUGUUAAAACCGUGCACGGGCCAGAGGCGCAUGUCACUAAGAAACAGCGUGGUGACCUGGUACCCCGACCUCCUCAUUCACAAAGAGAGAACGGAGAGAACGAGGGAGCAAACAAACCACCGAACCAGGGAGGACAGGACAAGUUUGAAGCCAACAGCACCACCAGAGGCGUGGAGGAUUACCUGCAGGUCAAGUCUAUAAAGACAGAGAACUCUGUGAUGUAUCAGUCCAGCCCUGGUGGUCAGUCAUCAUGUAGCAGCCAGCCAUCACCGCUUGGCAGUGCCACCCACCAUGACGGUGGAGUAGGAUUGCUGGGCCCUGGCGAGGGGGGCAUGGGAGACCUGAGCAUGCUGGACGAUGUGCCCCUGGUGGACUCCACUGUCUCCACUGGCAUUCUGGGCCUCCAUCUGCACAGGUGUGCCAGCCCAGCACACAGGCUGAGCCACCUCAAGCAAGAGAAGCUGAAGAUGGUUAGGGAGUCAUGCUCCUGGGCAAAUGCUGUUUCACAAGCCUCUGACAUCAAGCUGCCACCCAUCAUUAACAGUGGGUCCCUACUGGAGAGCUCCGGACAUGUCGGCAAUCUUUCCCUGCCCAUCACCAGCCCACGUCUGAGUGACCUUUGCCCUGGCGAGACAACCGUCCUGUGCCAGCCAAUGGAGCGUCGGGACAGCUUGGCAAGCCAAUUGAGCUCAGCUUACACGCUAAGCCGACGCUCCUCUGGCAUCUCGCCAUGCUACUCCAGCCGCCGCUCCAGCCAGGCUUCUCACGCCGGACUGCGCCUUAACAACAUCAGCUCGGCCGGUUCGUAUGACCCUAUCUCUACAGACCUUUCCCGCCGCUCCAGUGAGGCCAGCCAGUGUGAAGGCCUGCCAGACCUGCUCAGCCUCACUCCUGCCCAACAUUACCGACUUAAAGCUAAAUAUGCUGCAGCAAUUGGGGGCGCUCCACCCACGCCUCUUCCCAAUAUGGACCACAUGAGCUUAAAGGCACGUAUGGCCUUGCUGGGAGAUUCUCACGAAACGUCUUUGCACCCACUUGGAAUCCCAUUAGUGCCCAGGAGGUGCAGUGACACUGGGUAUGCCAGAGCUAGCAUGAUGCCCCAUGAGGUUCCGGGAAGUAUCGGGCGGCGUGCGAGUGAGCCAGUAAGACGGGUGAUCGCAGAUCAACAACACCUCCAGCAGAGGCAGCGUUUUAAUAGCAUGAUCAAUGUCAAUCCAUCCCAACACUUGCCUUCUAGUCGUCAGUUGGCAAUGCAGAGCCACACCCGCUCAGAUGGUAAUCUACAACAUCUUCCAUUCCCUCCCCGGCCUCCCAGCAUCUCAGAGAAUAUUGCCAUGGAGACCAUGGCAAGCGAAGUCAAUGGUCCCAUCGAUGAGGACCUAAUGUUGCCGGAUGAUAUGGUUCAGUACCUUGCUUCUAAUGGAAAUUCGACACAACAAGCAGGCUCUGGGCACCGUCACCAGCACCAGCAGGGACAGGGCUACCUUAGCAAUGGCACAGCAUCACCUCAGGCAUGUUUCUUCCAGAGGCGCAUGGCUGUGGUGGACGGCUCUGUAAACAGCAUUAACCGACAGACUUCAGCUUCUUGCCAAAUAAGUCCAGCCCAACACAACUCAUCUCUUAGUGCCAGCAAGACCCACAUGCCUGUGCAGUGGAAUGAGGUUAGCUCAGGGACAAUAGAAGCAUCUCCCAGCCAAACCAAGCAGCAGCAUCAGCAGCAGGCACUGCACUGGGCAAAUAUCACUGCACUCCAACAAAAACAGAACUGUGGACCCUUUGAAAACCAUAAAUCCAACCAGCAAGUCAAAACCAUGAGUCAGAACCUCGCACUCGCCGCUCAACAGAGGAUGAACUGCGCCCAGAUUCCUGCUAGGCAACAAGCCAUCAAGACCGAGCAUAUCCAUGCCCAGCAUGGAUACCACCAGGAUAAUGACAGAAGCAGCAGGCAGCAUCCAUCCUGUGGUAAUAUAACAGGAGGAAAUGUGGGUUUGACAAGCCCAUCCAGAAAACCAUUGCAGCCCAUGCACAUGCCAAAUAACAGGAUAAGAACAAAGUCUGGUGCCAGUGAAACUAGAACCUGUGAGGAUUAUCAUGGAGAUUAUUCCCACACAGGGACCGAUCAGCAGAGCUACGAUACUGUUCCCCAAAACCCGAUCCAAAACGGAAACCACGGUCUGCUGCAGCCCAGGCCGCCCACAGAACCCAAACACUACGGCAGACAGCACUCGGGGUCACAGCAACCCGGAUACCCGCAAUCUCACUUCAGCCCUGUAUACAACACCUCAGAGGCUAGCCCCAAAAAGCCUGUGGCUAACACCACAGACAGCGGUGCCAUGUUCUACACAGGGCAGAUCCACAUGUUCGAGUCUAGCUCUUUAAACAAAUCAGCUGCAACGGACGCAGUACUGAUGGCUGAUGUGAGCUCCCCAGGAAACAACCAAGUCUCCAGCACGGUGGACGGUAUGGAGCAAACACAGAUCGAUUUUGAUGCCAUGCUGGAUGACGGCGACCAUGCCAGCCUGAUGUCGGGAACUUUCAGUCCCAGUAUUCUCCGCAACCUGUCGCAGGAGUCCUCCCGCCUCACGACGCCAAGUAACUCUGUAACGUUGCCCUCUGUUCCAGCAGGCGUCGGCAACAUGGCCAUCGGAGACAUGACUUCCAUGCUGACCGCGCUGGCAGAAGAAAGCAAAUUUCUAAACAUGAUGUCUUAAAGAGUCCAAAAUGAAUUAAAAUAUGAUGUAAAGAACAUAGGAAGGACCUGAAG